UCAUGGUUUGCACCAUUCAUCAAUCCCAGUAUCUGCCAGCUGAUGCACUGGUUCUAUUCGACAACUACAAAGACCCUCAGUGAUCUCAACUGCCUCGUUAAUGAGGUUAUUCUUGCACCCGACUUUGCAGCUGUGGAUUUCAAGGACUUUGAUGCAAACCAUGAAGCGAAGCAUCUGGAUUCUGAUUCACCACCAGUGUUCGCAGCUGAUGGGUGGAUUAGGGAUCACGUUACACUCUAUCUUCCGCAGACUGGAGUAUGUCACGCAUCUGAGGAGGAGGCACCUACCCUCGAUAUUCCUGACAUUUGGCAUGGAUCCCUCCUUGACAUUGUUCGGUUGGCUUUUGAGGAUGCACCUUCA